AUGACGACUUUUCCCCCUAACCUGACCACGGCCGUGCAUGACGUUAACUCAACUUACGUCAAUGAAACGUCUCUUAAUGCGACGGCUGCGCCACUGGGAGUAACCGGAAGUAGAAUUGGGGGAGGCGGUGCCGCAACUUUCUAUUUCCCUUGGAAUAAUCCCACAAACGUAAUGACCCAAGGAACUUCUGAAAAUAUAACAACAGCUCUGCAAUGUUACGUCUUUCCGAUUCUGACCUUGUCAGGUGUGACGGGAAACAUCAUGAGUUUGAUAGUCUUGUUUCAGCGUAAGUUACGAGACUCAACGACGACCGUUGUACUUAUCGGCCUCUCGUUUUCGGACAUGGUUUUCCUAGUGACAAACUACGUGCGCAAGUCCACUUGCAUCAUAGAUCGUUAUGACAAAAUGGCCGGCGACACUCUUACGGCGACCACGUUCUACUACAUGUUCUACUUGAAGACGGCAUUCAGUCGCGUCUCCACCAUCCUGAUCGUUGUCAUAUCCGCCGAGCGCUUGAUCGCCGUUGCAUUUCCUUUCAAGGUGAAAAUGCUCGUCACAAAACCGAAGAUGAUUGCGACCGUCCUUCUGUCGUACGUGGUGACGCUGGGUGCGCUCGCCGGCCUCCCGCCGCAGUACACGUACGCCUACAUCCGCGGCAAGCCGGUCAUCUCACAGACACAGUUCGCUAAAGACAACGCGGUCGCCUUGAAAGGGUACAAUGAGUACUUCCUGCCGAUCGUCUUCAGGCACAUUCCGGUGUUCGUCGUGUUUAUUUUGAACAUCGUCAUCAUCGUCAUCCUCCGCCGCAGCGCACAGUUUCAGAAGAACGCCUCUAGUAAGGACGACAAAAGAAGGAGGAACAGAGGAAGAUCACGCGCAUGCUUGUUACGGUCGCAAUCGUGUUUUUCCUGUGCCUGUUGCCUGGAGACAUCCUUCUCAUGA